CUUGUCCAGCCUCUAUGUGUUCAAGGCACAUGUUGACCACAGUGCCUCCCAGGGGCCCUGGACUUUGGCUAUUUGCAGACUUUGCCCUGCCUGGGCCAGCCGGGCUCUGGGUCAGCAUGGCCGGCUGCGUCUUGCUGUGCCGGGGCUUCAUUCUCAUCUUCCUCAUCCUCACCCAUGUCCUGCACCAGGGGGAGCUUUCAGUGUUUCUUCCGGCCUCGGAGGCAAACACCGUUCUGGUGAGAUGGAGGCGCGCCAGUUCUUACUUCAUAGAAGAACUCUUUGAGGGGAACUUGGAAAAGGAGUGCUAUGAGGAAAUCUGCAAGUAUGAGGAAGCAAGAGAAGUGUUUGAAAAUGAUGCCAGCACGGAUGAGUUCUGGAGACAGUACAGGGGUGGCUCUCCAUGUGUCUCCGAGCCUUGCCUCAACAACGGGACAUGCAAGGACCACAUCCGAGGUUAUAACUGCACGUGCUCCCCUGGCUACGAGGGCACGAACUGUGCAAUGGCUAAAAAUGAAUGCCACCUAGAGAGGACCGAUGGGUGCCAGCACUUCUGCCACCCAGGCCAGUCAUCCUACAUAUGCAGCUGUGCCAAGGGCUACAAGCUGGGCAAGGACCACAAAUCAUGCAGUCCGAGCGACAAGUGUGCAUGCGGGGCCGUGACUUCUGAAAACUUCACAGUGCCAGAAAAGGGCUGCCAGAGUCUGCCCAGCUUCCCAUGGCAGGUCAGGUUAACAAAUUCCGAAGGAAAGGACUUCUGUGCUGGUGUUUUAAUACAGAAAGACUUCGUGCUGACAACAGCAAAGUGUUCCCUAUUAUACAGCAACAUUAGUGUAAAAACAAAUGCUGACCAGAGGACCUGGAUCAGGAGGGCUCACGUGCACAUGCGCUACGAUGAGGAAUCGGGGGAAAAUGACAUCUCGCUGCUGGAGCUGGAGGAGCCAGUGCAGUGUCCCAGCCUGGGGCUCCCUGUCUGUGUCCCAGAGAGGGACUUUGCAGAGCACGUCCUCAUCCCUGGAACAGACGGUCUCCUCAGCGGCUGGACGCUUAAUGGCACAGAGCUGGGUGCCACCCCGGCGGUGCUCUCAGUCGCACGUGCAGAUGGGGAGGAAUGUGCGCAGACGCUGAAUGUAACUGUUACGACGAGGACAAGCUGUGAGAAAGGCCUUGUGGUGACAGGGCCUUGGGUGGAGGGAAGCGCAGUGACCAGAGAGCACAAGGGCAGCUGGUUCCUCACAGGGAUCCUCAGCUCGCAGUCACCACCAGGACGGUCACACUUGCUCCUCCUCACCACAGUCCCGAGAUACUUGAUGUGGUUCACACAGGUCAUGAAGUAGCUGAAGUCCAACAUGGCGGCGAGGUAGUCAAACUGUGCCACAGUUACCAUGGAAGAUGACCACUCUUGCCUUGGAACUUUAAAUUUUCUUUAUUCUUGAGAGUGUCAUACACAUAUACAAUGAAAUAUGG